CAAAAAUAUUAAUAAGAAAAUGUGGAUUAUCAUUUGUGGUUGUGGUUUCGCUAAGAGAAGCCUUAGCAGAGCGCGGGUGUUUCCUUCCGUCUUCCUCGUGCUCUUGAUUUGGAUCUAGCAGAAGCGGGAGUCAUCAGAGACUCAGAGUUCAAGCAAUGAGUGCCAUAGCGCAACGGGAUGAGAAUAAUGUACCUGAUCAUCUUCUUGUUCUUGUACACGGUAUUUGGGCCAGUCCCAGCGUCUGGCUCUACGUGGAAGCUGAGAUGAAAAGACGCGUUGGAACAAGAUUCCUGAUCUAUGGCUGCACAGCAAGUUCUUCCAAUACUUCCACUAAAACGUUUGGCGGAAUCGAUGGAGCUGGAAAACGACUAGCAGAAGAGGUUAGACAAGUAGUCCAAAAGAGCAAGAGCUUGAAGAAGAUUUCAUUUUUAGCCCACUCUCUCGGUGGCUUAUUUGCCAGACAUGCUGUUGCUGUUCUUUAUUCACAAGCCAAUGAUGAUGCUGUCUCUAAAUCUGGGGAUUCACAUAUUCUGCGAGGUAGGAUUGCUGGCCUCGAACCAAUUAAUUUCAUCACCUUGGCUACACCUCAUUUAGGAGUCAGAGGCAGAAAACAGCUGCCUUUCCUUUUGGGAGUUCCUAUUUUAGAGAAACUUGCUGCCCCAAUAGCUCCGUUUUUUAUUGGUCGCACUGGUACACAGUUGUUUCUUACUGAUGGUAAAGCUGAUAAACCACCUCUUCUCUUGAGGAUGGCAUCUGACUGUGAAGAUCUUAAAUUUUUAUCGGCUCUGGGGGCAUUUCCAUGUCGCAUCGUAUAUGCAAACGUAUCUUAUGACUACAUGGUUGGUUGGCGUACAUCUUCCAUAAGGAGAGAAACUGAACUUUUCAAGCCUCCACGACGGUCGUUGGAUGGAUACAAGCAUGUUGUCGAUGUAGAAUACUGCCCACCUGUUUCAUCAGAUGGAGCCCAUUUCCCUCCAGAAGCUGCUAAAGCUAAGGAAGCCGCACAAAGCUCGCCUAGUCCUCAGAACACACUUGAGUAUCAUGAAAUAGUAGAAGUUUCCAAAAAAAAUUUCAGAGGAGAUGAUCCGUGGCCUGCAGACAUUAGGGUGGAAGAAAGUGGAUGUCAGCUUCCACUCCACCUUCUGGCCUUACCUAGCUCAUAACAACAUCCACGUGAAAAGUGAAAGACUUCACAAAGCAGGAGCUGGAGUUGUUGCGCACGUGGUAGAUAGCAUAAAACAGCAAGAGUCUUCUACCUUUAUUACCGCCAGCUUAUGAAUUGUCCACGUCUUGGAGUGUUUAACCAGUUAAGCUGAAUGUGCCACGACAUUAAAACCAUACAUGUGUGUUCUUACUUACCAGUUCGGGAGAUAGAUGCGGAUCAAGAACGUUCACAUUCCUGACGAUUUCUUUAUGUGCAGCCCCCAAUUUUUUUUUACAAAAUCAUUUUACAUAUAUAAAAUAUUUACUUGUACACGAAUAAUUUUUUUUUGUUGUUGUUAUAGUUUAAUAAAAAUAAAUUUAAGAAUAUAA